AAAUGUUUGUGGCACUUUUGACCGCAUAUGACCUAAACCCUAACCUAUGUUGGUUCCUCAGUUUUAGUCAUCUAACAAGUGGCAAAACAGGAGCCAUCGUCAAUAACUAACCGGACCAAUCUCACAGUAGAGAAUCGGGAACCCCCGAGAUCCAGAUUUUGCAGACUAAACCCGACGUCUCGUCGUCUCUGUUAGUAAAGUUCCUUUCUUCGUCCAGAGGCCGAAAUUUCUGUUUCUCGAACUACGGUUACACUCAAAAGAGAAAGCACUCUCAGAAAAGAAAAAGAAAUGCCAUUCAGGAGAAUGAUAGAGGUGGAACCACCGAGCCCGCUCAGAUAUAUCAUCGGAGCUGCAAUCAUGAUGCUCGGAGUCGUAUUGCCCGUCGGAUACAUGAUGUUCCGUAACAAACGCGUCCCUUCCUCUUCCUCUUACUCCAAACAGACGUAGGAACAAAGUUUUGAUAUAGAGAUUUUGGUGGAACAGAGAAAUUUUUUUAUGCGAAACUUAUGGAGUUCUAUAUGAAGGAAGAAUGCUUUGAAUGACCUGCAGAUACAAAAAUGUAAAUGAAAUAUAAACCCCUCAGUUCAUCUUAGUAGCUGUUUGGAUGUUAAUUCAAGUUUAUAGAAGAUGAGGUGUGUUGUUUUGCUCAAUUUAUGGGUUUUCAUACGGUUACCAAGUUAGGAUCAUAACUAUUAAUUCGAUAAUACUGGUUGGUCCAAUAGUAAUUUGAGUUUAUGAAAGUAUGUUCAUUCAUGUUUGUUUGACCUUUCAUUGCCAGAACAUUGCUCAUUUUCUCCCCAUGGUUUCAUCCUGUCUUACCUAUGGUGUGUGAUGAAAAUGGCAUUCUGAUCAAGUGUUUGCUGUCUGUUUCUCGGUGGAAUGUGAAAUGGCUUACAUUGUUUUUGAGCUUUUGUUGAUAUGCCUAGGCUACUUGUAUAAACUAGCAGCAUGGUUUGCUAGUUGGAUUUGUCUGCUUGGUUAUUCAAACAAGAGCAUAUUUUUUGGUAGUGCAUUUAUUUACUUGAUGCU